AUGAAGGUAAAUAGGAAACAGAGUGGGAGAUGGACACUAUUGGAGCUCUAUGCAAUCAGGAACUCCCCUCAUCCCCUGAUUACUGUUCUUGAAAACAGACCUGACUGCUGGCCCAUUCUUCUGCAGCACUUGACAACAUUUUUCCAACAUUGCCCAGACAGCACAGAAAAUUCCUGUGUUUCUAUAAUGAGGCCAUUUCUAAGGUACCUCUACUGUGAGCCUUGCCAGCUGCGAGAACAUGCUGAAUUACGGAUGGCCCUACUUCGAGUCUUGCUUCAGCCACAUGAGCCUGGGAGCAAAGAAGAACCCACUGCCCUCGAGUGCCACCUCCUUCAGCUGUUUUGUGACUUGGUUCCACAUCGUCAGGUAAAAGAUCUGCCACAGGUCACAGAGACACUGCUUUUUCUGCAAGAGUUAUUCCAGAGUCUGCUACGCUACCCUAAUGUUUGGAAAAUACAGUUAUGCCAGCUCUCCCUGCAACUUCUGUGCUUCUGUGAGGUUUCCCUGCAGAGCACAGGGGAAUGUUCAUCUUUAAUUUGCUUAAUGGAAGAAAAUGUGGAGCUUCUGAAAGAGGACUUUCCAUUUGAAAUGGCCAUAAUUGGAUUAGGCUUCCUUCUGUUGCAGGCUCCAGCCAAUCAACAAAAGCCAAUCUUAAAACUAGCCAUCAAGAUCCUUUCCUGUUCUGAAACCAAGAAGACUCAGACAGCAGCCCUUAUCUUGGUGAUGCCUGCACUGCAGAUCUUAUCAUCCACAGCGGUACAGGACUACAUAACUGAGGACAGUGGAGGCACUACAAGACAGCAGUUGGCCAUUAAUCUUCUAGAAAUUGUACAGCAGGAAGAAAUGAACGAGAAAAACCAACCAGCUUGUUCUGAUCGCUUCUUCCCCAUAACCAGUGCUUAUGGUUCAUUGCACACUACUUGGAAGAUCCUUGAGCUUCUGAGAGAAAGGUCUUCUACAUUUGAUUGGUUAUCUUCUGUGAAGUCGAUGCUGCCUAUUACAACUGAUGUCCCUGUCCAUGUUUUCCUUCUGCUGGCCUAUCUCCUUGUUCAAGAAAAUGGAGAGAGCCUUCGUGAUGUACUGGCUACUACUACUGAAAUUGCCAAAGCAGAUUCAUCCCAGGUGCCAAACCUGAUUCCAGUCCUGAUGUUUAAGCUGGGAAAACCACUGGAGUCUGUACUGUGCCGGGAUAUCUUGUAUACCUUGCCUGCUUUGGGUGUGCACAAGGUUUGUGUGGCGCAGAUUUUACGUGCACUGCAGGUGUUGGGAAGCACGCCAAAGCUUCAAGCUGUUACGUUACGACUGAUGACAUCUUUAUGGGAGAAACAGGAUCGAGUUUAUCCAGAGCUGCAGAGAUUCAUGGCAAUGUCUGAUAUGGCGUCUCUGUCUGUCAGCAAAGAUACUCAGUGGGAAAAAGUGAUUGCCAAAGCAGCCUCUAUCAGAGACAUAUGCAAGCAAAGACCAUACCAACAUGGAGCAGAUAUGUUGGCUGCAAUUUCUCAAGUACUGAAUGAGUGCACAAAACCUGACCAAGCCACACCAGCUGUCUUAGUCUUACAAGGACUUCAUGCACUUUGUCAAGCUGAGGUUGUUUGCAUUCGCUCUACAUGGAAUGCACUCUCAACAAAGUUGAGUUGCGACACUCGGCCACUCAUUUUAAAAACACUGAGCGAACUGUUUUCCCUUGUUCCAUCAUUAAUGGUGAAUUCAAAUGAGUAUGAGAAAUUUAAAGCUCAAGUUGUUAGCUUCCUGUGGAACCAUACACAGAACAAGGAUCCUGUUGUAGCCACUGCUGCAUACAAAUCUCUGUCUGAAUUUGGUUCAGAAGAACAUACCAUCCUUCAUCUUCCUGAACAGGCAAGGCCAGAAAAGGACCAACAGGAAGAGGAAGACAUAAAUGAAGAGGAAGGUGAAGAAGAAGAAAUAGAUCUCUCUGUUCCUGGUGCCUCAUAUAUCAAACUAUUAUUGCUCACCUCUUCUCCUGUUUUGCCAGCAUUUGAAGAGUUUUCCGCAUCACUGGUGAAACAGGAGAUGGCCAACAUGCCCCGUGGAAUAUACCAUUCUGCGCUCCGUGGAAGUGCUGUGCGAUCAGACCAAGGGAAGACUGUGUCGGGUGUUCCAAACUUUAUGCUAAAAAUGUAUGAGAGGAAUAAGCAGCCAGGGCUGAGGCCUGGCCUUGCAGGUGGCAUGUUACUGAGUUAUGAUCUUCCAAUCCACAUGGGCAAGGAUGGCAAGCCUAUCAGUCGAUUCCUAGCUAGUAGGGGACGCAAUUUCCACCAAAUGUUAACAGCUCUCCUUCAUGAGGUAAACAUUCAGCCUUCAGAGUGGCACCGCUCUCUGCUGCUGCCUCAGUCCUGGGCAGGAUUUAUGGAGAGAACAUAUCAUGCCAUUUUACAGGGAAGGCAAGCUGAGUUGGAGAUGCAGUUAAAGCAUGGAAAAGAGGGACCUGAAGAAGUGCAAUACAAACAAUUUACAGCCUGGCUCUGGGUCAGAGAUAUGCUGACUGAUGUAAUCAAGGGUGCUUCAAAGGAAAGCCCAGUGGUAAAAGGAAAUUGUCUCCUAGCCUUAACAGGUCUUGCAGUUGUUGUAGCCAAACAUGAGAAAGGGCUUUCUUCAGACAUGGAAAAACAGUUUGAUACUGAGCCAGACUUUCUUUUGACAAAGCACUGGAUCUCCAUGGUGAUUGAUACGCUGCUUAGCAUUGUAGAUAGUCAUUAUCGCCCCAAAGGCCAAGUCUUCCCAUGGUUUUACCAGAAAUCCUACUCUGGUGAAAAUACAGCGAGUGCUAUUGCUCGGUCCUGUGCAGCGACUGCUUUGUCUCUUUUGGUGCCUGUUUUUAUUGUAUCCUACAAGGAAAAGGUUGAGGAAGUCCUGAAUUUACUGAUUGCUCUGUUACCUGGGAAACCAAAUGCAGAUGAGUCUCAGGCUGUUCAAAUUCACAUGGGCCUUGCUUUGGGGAUGUUUGUUUCACGGCUCUGCAAAGAGAAAGUCAGUGAUAUAUCUGAUAAACAAACGAAUCCCUUAAUGAUGAAGUCUCUGAAUGCAUUAGAAGACUGCUGUUUUGACACAAGUCUAGAGUACAACACUGGAUGCAUCUUGGGUGUAGGACUUGUUCUCUCACUGAUGUGUCACAGCAACCUAACAGACUCCCAAGAUUACAUCUCUGGUACCUUGCGUAAACUUUGCAAAUACUUGGAUGAUGCAGAAGACCAAAGCAGAACCUUCCAGGAAAUUCUUGCCUAUGCAAUUUCCUGUGUCAGCAUUUCCACUUUUAGCGUUAAGAUCAUUGAAGCUGUGGAGGCCGAAGAGAUCAUGAACAAGUUGCAGAAAUUAACAGAAGCUAAUCAGCAGACAGCUGGCUUUGCUUUGGCACUGGGGAAUGUCGUUCAUGGGCUAUCUGUGUCUGGUCAUGGUAAAGCAGAAGACCUUGGUAACAGGCUGUUUCCGGCCUGGAUGAAAAUUGUACUUGCAGAGGGAGCCCCUACAAUGCAACGCCUUGCAGCAGUCAAUGGGCUGGUCUCUGUGGUAGGUUCUGAAAGAGCAAUGCUACAGUUGAAAACUGAGGCUAUCCAGUCUUCGCAGUUUCAAAGCAAACUUAAUGAAGUCAUCAGAACCCUGAGCCAGAUAAUCAGCUUUUCUGGAGUGAUUGGCCUUCAAACAAAUUCAGCAUGGCUUUUGGGACAUCUGCAUCUCUCCACUGUGUCUGCAACCCAUAGUCAGACAUCUGUUCCACCAGAUUUUAGCUACCUGCCUGAAAAAAGCUUCCUUAGGGCAGCAACUGACUUUAUGAUUGAAGCUGGAAAGAAAGGCCCUGAACAAGUUCUUCCCAACUUGGUAAAGGCAGCUAUGGUCCCCAUAGCAUUAACUGGAGAAAGCUACCAGUAUCCACCAGUGAACUGGGCAUCAGUUCUUUCACCUCUACUGAGGUUAGAUUUUGGAGAUGAGAUACAGCAGCUCUGCAUUAAACUAGCUGUGACCCAGGCCCAGUCAUCUCAGAAUGCAGCAAUGCUUUUGGGGAUGUGGGUAGCACCACCUCUAGUAUACAGUCUAAGUAUCCAAGCAAAGAGAUACCUUUUCACUUCUUUACCUGUGUGGGUGAAGUAUGUUGCAGAAGACAAGCUGCAGGCUUUCACUGAAGUGUUUAUGGUGCAGCAUUUUGAAGUAAAGAACCAGCCAAAAGAUUUGGAGCUUUGCUGGAACAUUCUACAGGGGCUCCACCAAGCCAUGAAACUUCCUAGCCCUGCCCAAUACAGCUGGAGCUGUCUUUGUAGAGCUGCUGAGAGGAUAUUUGAGCUUUUGCCAAAUGAGAUUCGGCAAAAUGAGGUGAAGAUGUAUAUAGAAUCAGCAAAAUGCUUUUCAGAAAUGACAGAUACAGAGGUUGAUCGAAUUGCCCAAGCCUCAAAGAACAACCUGGAAAAGGUCACAUUUGUCAAAGUUUAUUUAGUUUCUCAAGGCAGAUUUCCUUUGCUCAGAUGGAGUGAUGUGAUUAGCACUGCGGCUGGAUACCAACAGAAAGAAACCAUUGUAUGGAUGCUACUGCACAGCUUCUACCAUGCACGAAUAGUGAUCCAUGAAAACACUGGAGUCUUAAAGAGAAUGGAGUGGCUGUUGGAACUGAUGGGAUUUAUUAGAAAUGUUUCUUUAAAGAUGACUUCUAUACCAAAUGUGGCUCCUGGAGAGGCUGUCAGUUUCUGUUUGUGGAUCUUUGCUUCUGCUGUGGUUGCCUGGGCUGACCACGCUGCACCACUGCUACUUGGCCUCAGUGCUAAUUGGUCUCCCUGGGAAAGUGAAGCAGCCUCAAGAUUGUCUCCAAAUUAUUUGGGCAAGCGGCCAGUAGAUAGAUUGGCCAUACAAGAGACCCUCACCCUUCUUCCAGGGAGCCUGCAAACUCUAUUGGCUAAAGAGCCAUGGAAAGAACAGACACAAAAGUUUAUUGACUGGCAGUUCAGCAUAAUGGAGGCAUCAAGUGAAGUACUGUCCCAUGCUUACAGAGAUCUUUUGAAAGCUUCACUGUUGACCCUGAGGUCUCUCCCAGAGUUCAAGAAGAAGGCAACAUGGACAAAGGCUUAUGGAUGGUAGCACCAACAAGACACCUUCACAUGACUAGUGUUAAAAUAUGUCAUGCCAAAGACCGUAUAUGCUAUAGAGUGUUAUGGAUUUUCUAUUCUACAGAGAUGAAUCUCUGGUCUCAGGAUUCUCUGAUCCAGAGGUAGAUACUUAAAGCAUAUGUACAUUUGUUCUGAUUUAUUAAAAGCAAAGCUACUGAAUA